AUGACUCUCGAUACUGCCGGCAGGGUUUUUAGCAUCGCGGGUAGGGGUUUAAAAUUAGAUACUGCCCAAGAUGUUCAAGAGUUCGUCGAUUCAAUAAUCGGAGCAAAAGACCUUGAAGAAGUCGUGUUGUGCGGGAAUACCAUUGGAGUUGAAGCUGCUCAAGCUAUUGGUCGUGCAUUAAAAGAAAAAACUGAGCUUAAGGUUUUGAAUGCGGCAGACAUCUUUACUAGUCGGGUUCGCGAAGAGGUUCCUCCUAGUGUAAAAGCUUUAUGUGAUGCUUUAAUUGACAAGGAAAAACUUGUUGAAAUAAACUUUAGUGAUAAUGCCUUUGGACCUGCUGGUGCCGAACCAAUGGUUGAUUUCCUUAUUAAUAAUAGAUGGUUUCAAAUUCUUAAGAUUAAUAAUGUCGGUCUUGGUCCACGUGGUGGCAACAUUAUUGGAAAAGCAUUACUUGAAGCAGCACGACUUAAUUCUAAAGAGAAUCGUUCAUCGGCUCUCAGGACAAUUGUUAUGGGUAGAAAUCGGCUAGAGAAUGGUUCAAGUAAACUGCUUGCUGAUGCCAUUGCAGCACAUGGGAAUUUGGUAGAAAUCAGAAUGCCACAAAAUGGUAUUCGACCUGAAGGAAUUAUUACUUUUUCGCGAGGGUUUGCUGCUUGCAAAAAUUUGGAAAUUCUUGAUUUACAGGAUAAUACAUUUACUGAUACUGGUUCUCGCGCAUUUGCGGAGGCUCUUCCGAAUUGGCCUAAUUUAAAAUUAUUAAAUAUUGGGGAUUGUUUGUUAAGUGGAGAGGGUGGUAUCGUUGUCGCAGAAGCUCUCUUAUUAGGGCAUAAUACUAAACUUCAUACUUUGAAUCUUCAGUACAACGAAAUUGACAAGAAAGGAAUCGACAUACUGGCAUCUGCAAUUUCUUCCCAUCUGAAGAGUUUAAGUUCCCUUGAAUUGAAUGGCAAUAAAGUCUUUGCUGAUGAUGCAUCCAUCAAAAAGGUCAUCAUGUCUUUAGAACUUCAUGGGUUUCCCGAAGCUCUCGGUGAAUUAGACGAUAUGGAAGUUACGGAUGAAGAAGACAACGACGAAGAGGAUUUAGUGGAACUUAUACCCAAAGGUAAAGAACCUAUUUUAAUUCAAAAAGAGGCGGAACCAGAAGAUCUGGAAGAUGUUGAAUCACCAUCAAUACAAAACAAACGUCAAGUGGAACAACUAACUGAGGAUUUCUCUAGGAUUUCUCUUUCCCCUUAG